AUGGCUAAUGAAAGUGUUAAAGUCGGUGAAAAUGUGUUGGCCACGCGGUCAAACGUGCCUAACCCGCACUUUACAAAGCAGUCUAAUAUCACGGGAGAUAUUGUCUCUGCAUGUUCUGACAAGCCGAGUUCUUCGCAAAGUUCGAGUACGAGUGAAGAGGAUGAAGAACCGCCGCCAAAACGAAGCCGUAAUAACCACGUGCGCAGUAACUCGCGUGAUUCUUCUCGAGAUUUGGAUCUAAGGUUUGAGCAAUUGUCGCAGCAAUUGGUGAGUCACCUAAAUAAUACUUUUUACAAUUUUGCUGCGUCGUCUAGCAUGUUUAAUAAAGUAACCGAAUCUAAUAAUGCAAACCUAGACGACCCAUUUUUGAACCAUGCGGCUGUUUUUAAUGAUAUUGCGCAAUUAGACGUGUCGAUUCAAGAACCUUCAAUUGCAAAGGCAAUCCCCGAGAGAGUUACAAAAUUAAUUUCAAUGCAGAGGUUUAACACUUCUGAUUGGAACUGUGACCGUUAUAUUGAUAUACAAAAGAAAUACGUUGCUUUUCCUGCUUUUACCGAUUUAAAAAUUAAUGAAGAAUUAAGGUUCCUAGAGGAUUCUUCAAAAUUUUACCUCAUGGAACGAAGUUUUGCAGCCUUAUCAAAUGCGUUUUUAGCUCAAAAUGAGUUUGUCAAUAAGGCGUUACGUAGCGUUUUAGAGUGGUCUUCACAGACAAACGUGAUUCUUAAUUCAAAUUCUAUACAUGAUAAAUUGCAAGAAUGUUUUGGUCAAACUUCAGACUAUAAAGCUGUUACUCACGAUGUUUUACAAAUUAUUUGCGGCAAGCGGGCCGAAGUAUUAGAAUCUCGCCGUAAAUCAUUGCUAAAAAACCUUCAACGAAAACAUAUUAGAGAAGAUUUAGGUAAAAUUCCCCCCUCUUCGGAGUACAUGUUUAAUCCUGAACAAUUAUCUACAUAUUUACAAAAAGUUGGUGGUAUUGAUAAAAUUGACAGAAUUCGUGGGUACCAACCGAAAACAAUACGCGUUAAAUCACCCAUACGUUCUAAGUCGCCUGUAGCUUCAACGUCUCAGGUCAGUCAAAAGCCCUUUCUUGGUAACCGAUACAACUCAAAACAAGGACAAAAGAGUCAUAUCGUCAAUGAUCAUGAAAAGAAAAAAAAAAGGGGGCGCAAAUAUAACAAACAAAAUAAAUACAAGCAUAAGUGA